AUUGCAGUGCGUAAGUCGUAAGUACAAAGGUGAUUUCGCUAUGUCUGAUGAUUGUUAACUAAUAUGAUAUAAAUGGAAAAAUACGAAAAUCUUGGGUUAGUUGGAGAAGGAAGUUAUGGAAUGGUUAUAAAGUGUAAAAAUAAAGAGUCUGGAAGGAUUGUUGCGAUUAAAAAAUUUAUUGACAGUGAGGAUGAUAAACAUGUUAAAAAAAUAGCACUUCGUGAAAUAAGGAUGUUAAAACAACUUCGUCAUGAUAACUUGGUAAACCUUUUGGAGGUUUUUCGACGAAAGAAACGUCUAUAUCUUGUUUUCGAAUUUGUGGACCAUACAAUAUUAGAUGACUUAGAAAAGCAUCCCAAUGGAAUAGACGAACUGCGCACAAAACGCACUUUAUUUCAAGUCAUUCGAGGCGUGGAAUUUUGUCAUCUACACAAUAUAGUUCAUCGUGAUAUCAAACCCGAAAAUAUUCUUAUCAGUCGUAAUGGCGUCGUUAAAUUAUGUGAUUUUGGUUUUGCACGUACACUUGCUGCACCCGGUGAAGUUUAUACAGAUUAUGUGGCCACCAGAUGGUACAGAGCACCAGAGCUUCUUGUUGGAGAUACAAAAUACGGCAGACCAAUUGACAUUUGGGCUAUUGGUUGUCUUGCCUCAGAAAUGUUGACAGGUGAUCCUUUAUUCCCUGGUGAUUCUGACAUUGAUCAAUUGCAUAGGAUAGUGCGCUGUCUUGGUAACUUAAGUGAGAAAUAUCAAAAUAUAUUUCAUCGAAAUCCACUUUUUGUUGGUAUGAGAGUUCCAUUUGCAAAAGAAAUCGAUCCAUUGGAUAAACGACUAGCUAAGGUUUCGAAACUAACUCUUGGAUUUAUAAAGAGUUGUCUUCGAAUCGAUGCUAACGAUCGACCGACAUCAUCUGCUCUUUUACGAAGUGAAUAUUUCACUAGUGAGAAUUUUGCAUCUAUAUUCUUGGAAGAACUAAAAACAUUAUUUAAAAACGAAACAAACUCAAAUGUACCUUCAUCCUCUACGAAUAUCACCAGUAAUAAAAAUACCGUUAAUAAUCUUAACAAUAAUAGUAAUCAAACACAAGUUAAAAAUGAUCAACAAUGUAAAAUCAGUAAUAAUAACAGUAAUUCUGUACAGUCAAAGGUUUCUAACACAACCACGACAACGAUGACACCAACAAUAACUUAUAUUACUACUACUACUACUACUACCACUGGUAAUACGUAUACUGAUACUAGCACUACAACAACUACUGCUGUUAAACUUUUUUCGUCGGAUAUAAUGAAUGUGGAAAACCCAAAUAAAGAUAAAACGAUAACUCCAGAUUAUGUUGAUUUGUCAGUAACAUCACAAACUGGUCUACAUUAUAAUGAAAUUAAUGAACAAAAUAAAUCAUCCACUAUUUCUACUGGUUUUUCAAAUCACACUAAACCCGCACAAAUGGAAGGGAAUAAAUUAAAAUCGACUGUAACUGAUGAACAAAUUAGUUUAACAUAUACAACGUCUAAUGAAAGAAUUGCAACUAAAUCUCAAUUAUAUAAUGAGUAUUUAGUACAUGAUGAAAAUAUUGAUCCACAUCAUUUGUUAGAUACAAUGAAUGUUUCAAAAAAACCACACUAUGGAUCAGAUAAUGUUUUGAAUAGGAACGAUGAUUCUGAUUCAAAAGAACCAUUAACAGUAACUGGAAAAAUGAAUGAUCGAUUGAAUGAGAUGCCUUCUAUUCCACAAAAGUCAUUUGGUCUACUUACAACGGUUAAAUGUCAGAGCCCAAAACCAACAAAUCCGAUAUCGAAGUCUAUGUUAGAAGAUUUACGUGAACCUUUGAAUGAUACUGACUUAUCCUCGGCUGCCAUAUCAAUAUCCCCGUUACAAGUUACAAACUUAACCAUUAAUGAACAGUCGUUAAUAAAUACUAUUAGCCAAUCCCCGUUCAAUAGCGGUUUUGUUGCCAAGGUUACCGAAGUGCCAAACAAACAAAUCGACUGUACUUCAACAGUUAUAGAGUCUUCUGUUAGCAAAUAUUUAGACACAAAAUAUGGUGACUCACAACCUAAGGAAAUGACUUCAAAUAAACGUUUACCUUAUCUUACUUUAAGUCAGACUAGCAGCUACCAUUUCUUCCCGCAUCAGUAUCGAGUUUAUCAAAAUCCCCUAAAACCAGACCAAACAAAUACGCAUAAUCCUGGAACUGUUUCUUCAGGAAUAGGAUUGUCUUCAUUGUCACCACUGUUAACCAAUAGUCAAACAGUUAGCAAGCACGAAAAUCACCCUACUUUUCAGUCUACCAAUGUUUCGACAUCUCCAUCCAUCUCUUUGCAGACAUGGACAACACAAAUAAGUUCUAAUACAAGCAACUCAUCCAAGGAUUCAAAAAGUCGACGAUACUAUCAACCCCCAAAUCACCACAGAAAAUCAACAUUUUCUUUGCAAUUCCCUAUGAAUAUCAGUCAUUCAGUUUGUCAACCGAUUUCAACUUCGCUAAGCAAUCACUAUCAUAAUCAUAAUCACCAUCUCUCCAUACUACAGCCAAUUGGUAUUAUGCCUUCUCCAAAUAUCUUUGAUACAAAUCAUGAUUAUUUACAUCCUGAACAGACUGAAUCACUUAGUUAUAUUGGUCAUGUAAAUUUUUCAACACGUUCACCGCUACAAAGUUUGUCUCAACAAAAUAUUUUUAAAAAAUCAUUUACAUCAAACAGUACAACUGGUACAAGUAAACAGGAUAAUACAUAUUCUCUUACUAGUAAUCAACACUCAUUUAGUCCACAAAUUUUACCAGCUUUUACAUGUUCUUCAUAUUCCACAAAUCAGUAUGGUACCAAUACAAAGCCUAAUCAUACUAAUCAAUUUCCUAUAAAUAGAUUACGUAAUUCAGAUAGUAAGUUCACAUGGUUUAUUUUACACUUCUUUUAACAUUACGGUUUUUUUUAACAAAAAUGUUAUUUGAACGAAGAAUAUCCUUUUCGAUAAAUUCUCUUCAAGAUACAUAAUUGUAGAAGCUGAAGAGAAUUUAUCGAAAAAAAUAUUCUUCCUUCAAAUACUAGUCUUUUAAUAUGACGAGGAGCGUUAAACGAUUAAAAAUGUUAUUGUGUACCAUAUUUUUGGUAAAGCAACAUGAAGGAGAAAUUCUCUUGAUUAAUAUUUAUUUGUUUGUAGAAUGUCAUCAUUUAUGAGUAGCUUUUGAUCAGAAUGAUAGAUGAUUUUUAGGUUGUUGGAAAUAGUUGAUUCUGUAAUAGAUUUUUUAUUUAUUUGCCGUUCUAAGAUAAGAGACCAUAUGUUACGCGAAAAACAUUCUAAGAGUUUGAUAAUACAUAAUAAGGAUAGCGAAGAAAGGAAUUCAUUAUACUCAGUUUAAGUAGUUAAUUAUCUAUGAUACUUGUCGAGGGAACACUAAUAAAAGUGAUAUUUAAAGUCAGAAUGUUUCAUUACAACCUCAUUUGCUUUAUAGAUCAUGUAAUAGUUGGUAUUAGUAAUUUUUUUUACAAUAUAACAUAUAUAUAAUCCAAGUUGGAACUUAUUAGCUGUUCUUCAAACCUCUAUUGUAUUUCAUCUGUGUUCUUAUACUCACUAUUAUAGAGUUCUGGCUUGGAAGCUUACCCAGAAGAUGAAUAACAGUAUAUUAUUUGAAAAUAAAUUCUAGAUAUUUACUCAUCUGUAUUCCUUAUGAUGAGUGAAUAUAUAUUCGUAAUGUUUCAAGCAUCUGUCAGGUAUUUCUGAUAUAUUUUGAAAAUAUUAUGACUACUGAAAUAUUAUUAUUUAUUCUUUAUCGACACAUUUCUCUAUGAAUUCCUUGACGCUUGUAGACAACUAAAGAAAAAUUGAUUACCCAUAAAUUCUAGAUAUUCUUUUUUUAUUCUUACUAUUUAUAUUAACCUCUAAUUUUAAUAAUUAUUGUAAUAAUAAAUUUUCUAUGGCCUAUCUUCAAAGGUUUAGCUCUUACUUCUUAACAAAAACUAAAUAUAAUUUAUUAUCUUGUA